AUGACCUCACCAGCCAGCCUCCUAAUUGUGAUGUGGAGCUCCUAUUGUGAUGUCAGGGGCCGCAUCCCGGCGCUGUCACGGCAAAGUUGCUGUGCCGAGGCUCGGGAGGCCUCAGUGUGCAGAGCAGCUCUUUGGCACGCUCGCUGCAGGCGGGAGCUGCUGCUCGACGAGGUGUCUGCCAGCAGGCUGCACCCUGACAGCACUCUGAGUAUUUUCUUUGUGCCCACAGGUAUUGUCCGGUGCAGACUUGAGCAGCACUGCUGCGACCAUGGACAGAGUGUGCGCUGCUGCAGUGUGCACGGCUUUUUCCGUGGCUUAUUCCGGGUACUUCUUCACCCACCUGGCACGUCACAUCGCCCGUGCCUGGAGAGAAUCCGCUCCUUGGGUGAGUGGGAAAGGAGCCUUUGGCCUUGGGAGCGUUGGACAGUUGUGGAGCACGGCAGCCCAAAACCAACCUCUGAGCUUCCUCUGGCUGAGUGUGCUCCUGAAGAAAAGGCCGGAGGGAAGGAAGAUGCCCACCAAGCUGCAGAUGCUGCCACUGCAGAGCCUGAGCACCCAGCAUCAAGCACAGGGGCAGUGCCAGCACCUGCUCUGGCUGCCUCAGCAGCCGAGGAAGAGGCUGAAGAGGACGAAGGUGCCAGUGAAGCUGCCACUGCUGUCAGCCCACGGCCUGAGCUGCCAGCAUCAAGCUCCAGCGCCUCUGUCGUGGCACCUGCACGAGCUGCAGCUGCAGGCUCUGAAGAAGCCGCCAGUCCCCAAGCUGGGAGCUCCAGGUGCACGAGCAGCUCGUGCACCUGGAGCACAAGCAGUUCCUCUGGCGGCACAGAGCAGCUGCGAGAGAGGACAGAGGACGAGUGGCUAGGCCAUGCUGAGUAUGUCCUUUGUGAUCCCUGUCUGCUGGAGCAGGGCCUUGUGUGGAUGCUGGUGAGCAAAGGAGAUCCAGAGGCGAAAUAUACAGAUCUGGAAAUCAUUGGCAAAGGGGGUUUCGGCACUGUGUGCACGGCAGUGGAGACUGCCACAGGAGAAGAGGUGGCCAUUAAGAAAAUUAGUCUCCUGCAAGAGAGCAGCAAGGAGCUAUGCGUGAAGGAAAUCCAGGUCAUGCGGGACAAUAAGGACGGCAACCUGGUGAACUAUAUAGACAGCUACCUGGUGCACGAGGAACUCUGGCUUGUGAUGGAAUACAUGGACGGAGGUUCCUUACACGAUGUCAUCAGGGAGACCAGGAUGGCAGAAGGAGAGAUUGCAGUCGUCUCUCGGGAGUGCCUGCAAGGCCUGGAUUUCCUUCACUCCAAGCAAGUGAUCCACCGAGACAUCAAAAGCCACAACAUUCUCCUGAGCUUGGAUGGAUCUGUCAAGUUGGCUGAUUUUGGACUCGCUGCUCAGCUCACGGCUGAGCAGAGCAAACAGAGAUCAGCUGUCGGCACUACUUACUGGAUGGCGCCAGAGAUUUUCACCAGGAAGCCCUAUGGCCCCAAAGUGGACAUCUGGUCCUUUGGCAUCGUGGGCAUCGAGAUGGUGGAAGGAGCGCCUCCUUACCUGAUGAAAACCUCCCGCACGGUUGGACAGCUGAUCAGCACCGGGGGCACCCCGAAGCUGCAGAACCCCAGGCAGCAGUCCCCUUGGCUGCGAGACUUUCUGCGCUGCUGCCUGCAGACAGACGAGGACAGGCGCUGGUGUGCCCAGGAACUUCUGCAGCAUCCGUUUGUAACCUCAGCCAAGCCGACCUCCAGCCUGACGCCUCUGAUCAUGGCAGCACAGCAGUUUAUGGCUGACAGCAGAUACUAGCCCUGGAAGAGGCCAUUGUUGUUUGUUGCAGUUUGUAGCUCGUAGUUUCUAGUUUGUAGUUUCUAGUUUCUGGCAGGUAGUUUGUUUAGAUUGAUAGUCAAAAUAAAUACUUUAAAACCUUCA